UUGCCAUCUCUCUCUCUCUCUCUCUCUCUCUCUUCUAGCAUGCGCUCUUGAUAUCUCUACAUCUUUAACUGGACUUUCACAGCUCAAAAGCAAACCCUCCUCCUGCAUUGUCUUUUAUGUCUUGUCAUAUUCUUUGGAACAGUUGGAUUUUGUCCCGACUAAAUUUUUUACUACAUAAAUAAUUAAAAGGUGUGAAUCUCACAAAAAUGUUGAGCACACAUUCAUAUAUUCAUUUAUUUGAUAAAGAAUUUAAAGUUUAUAACAUUUUCUUUUGUCAUUACGAACAUAUUUUCCACUCAUUUCUAACUUUCCUUGUACCAAGGCAUCUUCCCUUUUCUGGGUUUUGCUUCCUGUGAUUAAUGAUGGCUUCAUACCUCUCUCUCUCUCUCAUAUCAUAUACUUGAAUGAUACUAUUACUUAUUCCUCUGAUCCUCUCUGUGUUCUUGGCAUCAUCACUAGUGGAUUCUCUUUGUUUCGCAAGCUUUUAAAGGUGUUCAUAAUCUCUCCAAAAGGGUAUUUCUUCUUUUUCUUUACUUAAGAUUCUCACAAAUCCUGAUUUUUCUUGUCCCUCCUUUUUUUCCCCGGAAAACUUGCUUCUGAACUGAUUAGGGUUGUGAUUAUACUUCUGUUAGUAAUAAUGCUUUUGUGUGCUUUACCCUUAAAUUAAUUGCCUCAAAUCAUGGAUUUUAGCUGGGUACUUUUCUUGUUGCAAUUGUCCACAUUGCCUUAGGGUUUGGAUUCAGAACCAAUUCAAAGUAAUUGAGUUGAAUUGUAUCUGAAAAGGGUUAGGACUAACUUGGCCAAAAACAUCAGUGGUGGUGUUUAUAAUUGUAUUAGGCUGAUCUCAAGUUUCAAUUGCCAAUGUCUCCUUCAUACUUUCCUCUCCGGUGGGAAAGCACUGGGGACCAAUGGUGGUUUGCUUCCCCACUUGAUUGGGCAGCUGCCAAGGGCCACUAUGACUUGGUCCGGGAGCUCAUUCGCCUAGACGGCAAUCACCUUAUCAAACUCACCUCUCUCAGGCGAAUUCGCCGCCUUGAGACUGUCUGGGACGACGAAGAACAGUUUGAUGAUGUCGCCAAGUGUCGUUCUCGGGUUGCCCAGAAGCUCUUUUUCGAGUGUGAAAGCAAGAGAGGGAAAAAUUCCCUCAUCCGAGCUGGGCACGGUGGCUGGCUUCUCUACACUGCUGCCUCAGCUGGAGACUUGGGCUUUGCCCGAGACCUGGUUGAAAAAAACCCUCUACUAGUUUUUGGGGAAGGAGAGUAUGGUGUGACUGAUAUAUUUUAUGCUGCUGCCAGGAGUAAGAAUUGUAAGGUUUUCAGGCUUCUUUUUGAUUUUGCAGUGUCACCGAGGUUUUUGGCAGGCGAUGGGGGAGAGUUGGAGGAGCAUAUUGGGGAGAUCCCUUGUGAUUAUAAGUGGGAUAUGGUGAAUAGAGCUGUUCAUGCCGCUGCAAGAGGAGGCAAUUUGAAGAUUUUGAAAGUGCUUAUUGGUGAUUGCUUUGAUGUUUCGGCUUAUAGAGAUACUCGAGGUUCAACUGUCUUACAUGCCGCAGCUGGCAGAUGUCAGGUUGAGGUAGUGAAAGAUCUUAUAGCAUCCUUCGAUAUCAUCAACUCCACGGACAAGUAUGGCAACACAGCAUUGCAUGUAGCUUCCUACAGAGGCCAAUUAGCCGUGGUUGAAGCUCUAAUUCUUGCAUCUCCCUCAUCCAUCUAUAAAACAAACAAAGACGGAGAAACUUUCCUACAUAUGGCGGUGUCUGGUUUUCAAACUCCUAGUUUCAGAAGAUUGGAUCGACAAAUUGAACUCAUGAAGCAGUUAGUAUGUGGAAAAUUGUUCGACACCGAAGACAUCAUAAAUGCCAAAAACAACGAUGGUAGAACUGCUCUUCAUCUGGCCAUCAUUGGGAACAUUCAUUCUGAUUUAGUCGAGCAAAUAAUGAGUGUCCGUUCAAUUGAUGUGAACGAUUGCGAUUCAAAUGGCAUGACCCCACUUGAUCUCCUCCGGAAGCAUCCACGUUCUGCAUCAUCUGACAUACUAACCCGACAGUUAAUUUCAGCUGGAGGAAUCUCCUAUGGUCAGGACUAUACAGCAAGCAGAACCAUUGCUUCCCACUUAAGGAUGAGAAGUAUGGGGAGUCCCGGAACUUCUUUCAGAAUCUCUGAUUCAAAAAUAUUCUUAUACACAGGGAUUGAGAAUGCAUCAGACACCAGUGACUCGACCAUAGAAGACUGUAAUGAAUCAAAUUCAAAUUACAAAAAACUAGCUUCUAUAAAUUACGCAGCAGAACGUUUGAAACGCCUGCUCCAUUGGCCCAGGAUGAAAGAAAGAAAGAACAAGAUGCCAAAGAAAAUGGUAGAUGGAAAUGCAGAUGAAAAUCCAAUCCCACUCCGACAAAGAUUCGUAUCCCUUCCUAACAACAAGAGAACGGUUUCUUUAAGAAGCAGCCUUCCAAGUCCAAACGCAAAAAAGAAAUUUGCUUCAGGAAUAUUAGUGCAGGGUGUUAUGCCAGAUCUUGCUGUUCCACGUCUUUUGUUUUCUAGUUCAUUCUCUAAAUCAUCAAUAUCCUCACCCGAAUGCUCGGAUAAACAAAAAUGUGACUACGUUCGGAGUGAUAUUGCAGGGCCAUCUUGUUCAAAUCAAAUAUCUGAUAAGAGAUUGAUGAACUAGUACCUUCGUUUUGGCGUAUCAGCACUGAAGGAAGGACUAAGGUAACCUCUCUAAUUCUGUAGGUUAGUGAGUUUUAUAGCUGCUUUCCAGACUCUCUUUACUAUAUGGUUGUUGAUUGUUUAUAGUCCGUUAAUUAUGUACCUGUAAGUUAUUGACUCUCUGUCUGAAUUUCAAUAUUCAUUUUCAAACAAGAGAGAUGUAAUAUUAUGCAAGAUUUUACUGAUAUUUUAAUGAAUUCCAAAAAUUAUUUCUAAUUGUGUUUGAUCUUACCCGAUUCUGAUAGAAAAGGUUGAGAGAGCUUUGAUAGAGAUAGGUCAAAACUGUUAGGGCUAAGAGUGAAGUAUGAAAUUGUAUCACUAAACUAAUUGACUCUACAAUUAAGAAACCGCA